AUGUGGAUGGUUCCAGAAGGUAAAUUCAAAGAUUACACAGUAUAUAGUAAUAUAAAUGAUGCUAACUUAUCAGCAUGUACUAGUUGGGGUUCUACUUGUGUUUCAGAUGGAACUAAAUGUAUUGAUAAAGAAACUUGUUUUUCAUAUCUAAUCCCUUCAGGUUGUGAAAAUGAAGUACUGAUAAAUGUUGUUAAUGGACUGGAAAAUAUUGUAUUCUGA